UCCAAAGUCAUUGGGUUGCACUUUUAGUAUCAAUUUUCACCUUUCUUGAAAUUAUAUUAUUAUUUUCUGGUGUGUUCCUCACUUCACUCAUCAGCACUCAAUUUAAUCUAAAAUCUAAAUGGAACCACAAAAUCCAAUUCUUCUUUCCUUCAAUUCUCCAUAAUCAUUUUUUUUAACUUGUUAAUCUCAAAGUUAAUUGUGAUGCCAUAAAAAAAGUAGUGGGUAAACCGUGUUUAUAUAGUUAUACACAAUAAAGGAAUCACUUUUUUGUAGAUUCUUUUCUGGGUUUUGUUUUAAAAAAAAUACAAACUUUAAUGGGGAAUGUUAAUGGAAGAGAAGAAAUUGAUCAAUCUAGUGUUGGGAUACAAGAAAGUAUGGAUGCUAGAGAUGGUGAAUUUAUGGGUCAAUCUCCACCUUCAAGUCCUAGGGCAUCUCAUUCUCCAUUGAUGUUUAGACCUCAGAUGCCAGUAGUCCCUUUACAAAGACCCGAGGAGUUGCACAUCUCAAACCCUUCGUGGAUGCAAAACACCUCAGGGUACGAAGACUUGAAUGAGGAGAAAGGAGUUCCCACACUGAUAUCAUGGACCUAUGAUGGCAAAGACAUUGCCGUUGAGGGAUCAUGGGAUAAUUGGAAAUCAAGGAACAUUUUGCAAAGAUCUGGGAAAGAUUUCACCAUUUUGAAGGUGCUUCCUUCCGGAGUUUACCAGUAUAGGUUUACAGUUGAUGGACAAUGGAGGUGUUCCCCUGACUUGCCAUGCGUUCAGGAUGAAGCGGGAAAUACUCACAAUAUUUUGGAUGUGAAGGAUUAUGUACCUGAAGAUAUCGAAAGCAUUUCUGGUUUUGAACCUCCUCUUUCCCCAGAUUCCAGCUACAGUAACUUGCAACUUGGAGCUGAGGACUACGCCAAGGAGCCACCUUUAGUUCCACCUCAUCUACAAAUGACUUUGCUUAACGUUCCAUCAUCUCCCAUGGAAAUUCCACCUCCUUUAUCAAGACCUCAACAUGUCGUACUUAACCACCUGUACAUGCAGAAGGGAAAGAGUAACCCAUCUGUGGUGGCACUCGGUUCAACUAAUCGAUUCCUGUUCAAAUACGUGACAGUUGUACUUUACAAGUCCAUACAGAGGUGAACAUACGUCUCUUAAUAACUUUACGUUCAGUAGUGACAAAUGAUUAGAAGUAACAUCUCAAGAUAAGUAGCAGAGGAAUGUGUUGACAUACUGUCAAUUUUUACCUGUAAUCACUUAUACGUAUCGCCUUUUAUUCGCAAUUACAUGUAAUAUAACACGAUUGAAAGAGAGAAACUGUGCUUGUUGUAUGAUGUUUCAGUUUUUGAAUGGAAUCCAUGAACCAUAAUCUCUUGGUGAAUGAAAA